AUGAGUCUGUGCGCUUUAAUUUACAGUAAGAUAACAAAGAUGACUUCAGUUGAUGAUAUGACUCAAAUAAUGAUUGUUGGUAUUCAAUUAUAUUCUUGUCUGUCACUGCUUGCAAGACAAUCUAUGUCAAUGUUAACAGAAUUGCCAGGAAUGGUUACAGUGUUUGAGCAAUUUUUCCACCUUGAAUACAGUGACAGUUAUACUUGUAACAUCCAUCACUACUGUAUAUGCCACUCACAGGUUACAGCAUUUCAAACACUCUUGGCACUGAACUACAACUCAUUCAUUUUAACGGUGGCAAUUAUUGGUGUUGGUAUCUACAGCACUGAGGCUGGGGUAUAUAAUGUAUUUGAUUCUCAUGCUAGAGAUAUGUAUCAUAACAGUCAUAGUGAAGGGACAUGUGUAUUGUUGGAAAUACCAUCCAUGCAUAAAUUAAUACAAUAUUUU